AUGACAGUAAUAUUCGUCUGGCUGGGAAGUGCUGCUGACUAUGGAACAUUUGGCCGAUGGCUUCUUCUGGCAUUGACAAUGGUCUGCUGGGCACUGCAGUAUGGUAUGAUGUCCAUCCGGCAUCCGAGCCAGUGGCCAACUGCAAUGGGAUUGUACGUUGUGGCAUACAUUGCCUACGGCGCGACGCUGGUAUUUUACGCUGCUGUGUUCCCCCGUCUGGCGCGGUAUACCCCGCAUGUGCGCAAAGCGAGAGAGGAGGAUCUCAGAGAGAGUAAAAUCGACCAAGAGGAAUACGAUGCUAUUGAAUCACUGGAGAGAAAUCAUAUCAGGUCAGUUUGGUCUUUUGAGGCUCCUAUUGAAGAUGUCGUUGACAAUAGUAGCAACAUUUCAACUGCACACAGCAAUAUUGGAUACCUACUCACACUCGUGCUUAAUAUGAGUGUUCUACUUCCACUCCAAAACAACAGUUUCUCGAAUAAUCUAGCACUCUGUCUUACUAACUCAUAUUGGGUCCUUCUUGGCAUCUGGUGGUUUAUUUUCCAGCAAAAACGGCCAGGUCCAAAGAUACCAAAAGGGUCAAACUACACCACUAUUGGGUUCAAGCAGAUCUGGCUGGCCAUUCGAGAAAUCAGGUCUCUUCCACAGACAUUUCUGUACUUUUUCGCCUAUUUCCUUCUUGCCGAUGGCCUCAACACCACUGGUACUCUGGUCAGCAUCAUCCAAAACGACUCUGUUUCAUUUUCAUUCUUGCAGAUUACAUAUCUCGGCAUUACCCAAGCUGCCUGCUCGAUCACCUCAACAUUUGGCUUUUGGUAUAUACAGCGGUAUUUCAAAUUUAAGACAAAAACCAUGUUUUUGUUCACCAAUUUUUUCACUGUCCUAAUCCCCUUUUGGGGCAUGCUGGGACUGUGGACUCAUCGCAUCGGGUAUCAUAAUAGGUGGGAGUUCUACUUCUACAAUGUCGUUUUCGGGCUUUUCCAGGCUCCAUACUAUGCGUACGCCCAAACGAUGAUCAGCGAGCUGAUGCCACGCGGCUACGAUAAUAUGUUCUUCGCCCUUUUUGGAAUAACCAAUCGCGCCUCUUCAAUCAUCGGCCCGAAUGUUAUUCAAGCUAUCAUAAACAAUACCCACAACAGUUGGAUGGGCUUCCCAUUCUUGUUCGCCAUCUGUGCCGCGGCAAUGAUCACCAUAUGCUUUGUAGACAUCAAAAAGGGUCGUGAGGACUGUCGGAAAUUCACCGAGCAGCGGAAAAUAGACCGUGUCGUGGCAGAGAGUGGUCUAGAUCCCAACGAUAUUUCAAAUCAGAAGCAGCCUGUCCGUAAUGAAGACAUCCCUGAAGUGCAAGCCGAGCACACCAGCACUUCGGUGACGGGGUAA